AUGUCAGCUGAACUUGCAUUAAUUAAUAAUAAUCAAGUUGGCGGUUGGUAUGCCUAUCGUCUAUCAAAAUGUGCAUUAAAUAUGGCAAUAAAAAAUUUAGCCUUAGAAUUUGGACGACAAUCAACAGAUGAAAAUUCAAUUUGUGAUUUAAAAAAACAUGAAAAAUCUUUAGUAUUUGUUGCAAUGUCACCUGGUAUUGUUAAUACACAAAUGAUACAUGAAUAUAAAAAAUUACUUUCAAAAGAUGCGCAUUUUUUUAACAAAAAGCUUAAUCCGUUGAACGUAUGUUAG